CCCUAAAAGUAAACAAAAAAAAAUGGGGUUUGGUAGUGAAAAGAAAAAGAAGAAAUGCAUCAUUGGUGGGGUUAUCUCGGCUUUGAUCGUUGUGUUGGUUGUCUCUAUCGCCAUCAUAACGACCAAACAUUACUAUGCUUCAGGUAAUAUCGCUCACGUGAAGAUUCAAACGACCAACAAGGCAGUCCAAGCGGUCUGUGCACCCACCGACUUCAAAGACACAUGUGUCAAGAGCUUCAUGAAGGCUUCUCCUAACUCCACUGAACCUCUCGACCUCAUCAAGCUCGGCUUCGACAUCACCAUUCGAUCCAUCAAAGAUGGCAUCAAGAAAGCCUCCAAGGAGCUGAAAGCUAAGGCAGCCAAAGACCAUGAGACCAAAGGGGCUCUAGAUUUAUGUGAGAAGCUUAUGAAUGACGCUACAGACGAUCUGAAGAAGUGUUUUGAUAACUUUGAUGGGUUCUCAAUUAUUCAGAUGGAAGACUUCGUGGAGGAUCUUCGUGUCUGGCUCAGUGGCUCCAUUGCGUAUCAGCAGACAUGUAUGGAUAGUUUUGAGGAAGUUAAGUCUAGCCUUGCAAAAGACAUGCAAAAAAUCUUUAAAACAUCCAAAGAACUCACCAGUAAUGGUCUUGCCAUGGUUACUAACAUCUCCAACCUUCUCGGACAGUUAAACAUCACAGGAGUAACCGGUGAUCUCGGAAACUACGCCAGGAAGCUUUUGUCGACGGAAGACAGUAUCCCAAGCUGGGUGGGACCAGACACUCGACAUCUCAUGGCAACGACGAAAGGAGGUGCGAAAGCUAAUGUGGUGGUGGCGAAGGACGGAAGUGGCAAUUACAAGAGCAUCAACGAGGCCUUGAACGCUGUGCCUAAAAACAACAAAAUGCCAUUCGUCAUUUACAUCAAGCAAGGUGUCUACAAGGAGAAAGUCGACGUCACCAAGAAGAUGACCCACGUCACUUUCAUCGGCGAUGGACCCACCAAAACCAAGAUCACCGGUAGUCUCAACUUUGCCAUCGGCAAGGUCAAAACCUACCAGACUGCCACCGUCGCAAUCAAUGGUGAUAACUUCACGGCCAAGAACAUCGGUUUCGAGAACACCGCCGGUCCCGAAGGACACCAAGCCGUGGCACUGAGAGUCUCUGCGGACUAUGCCGUUUACUACAACUGCCAAAUCGAUGGUUACCAAGACACACUCUACGUCCAUUCCCACCGUCAGUUUUACCGUGACUGCACAAUCUCCGGCACCGUAGACUUCAUCUUCGGCGACGCAAAAACCGUCUUCCAAAACUGCAACAUCGUUGUGAGAAAGCCCAUGAGAGGCCAAUCUUGCAUGGUCACUGCUCAGGGCCGUACCGACGAGCGUGAAUCCACCGGGAUCGUGUUCCACAACUGCCGCAUCACCGGAGAGCCGGCGUAUAUUCCGGUGAAAUCUGUAAACAAAGCGUAUCUUGGAAGGCCAUGGAAGGAGUUUUCAAGGACCAUCAUGAUAAGGACGACCAUUGAUAACGUUAUUGACCCAGCGGGAUGGCUUCCAUGGAACGGUGAUUUUGCGCUCAAGACGCUUUAUUACGCUGAGUAUGAGAGUAGUGGGCCUGGGUCAAACCAAGCCCAACGUGUUAAGUGGGCUGGAAUCAAGAAACUCUCGCCUAAGCAGGCUCUUCGAUUCAGCCCUGCUAGAUUUUUACGUGGUAACUUGUGGAUUCCACAAACUCGUGUGCCUUAUACGGCGAAUUUGCAGUAG